AUGACCUCUAAUGGUGGAUGCCUGCAAAGCUCCAAAAACGCGCCUUACUGGGUCAAAAUCACCUCGACACUAGCGACCACGAAUUUAGCAAUCCCGGACAUUUUGAACCUGCAAGAAAAUCACAAACUCCUGGCUGGAUACGGGUGGGAUUUUGGGCAGGAGACGGCAUCCGACCCAAAAACCGAGUCGCUGGUUAUCAACUCAGCCUACUCGAUCACGGAGAAUCAAAUUCACAUGCACGUUUGUAACAUUAAUACCAAGAUGCGCGACUGGUUGGCUACCCUCUAUCAAACCUCCCCUUCAGCCUAUCAAACACUGGUUGAAAUUCCACCACCAUAUCCUGCUGGAGAGAAAAUGUUCUGCCGUGCGUCGCAAACCGCUGAUCAGACUAUCCCGGGGGAUUCGAUCUCCGAUGAUAUCAACUCAGUCAUUCAGCAGCAGCCUGUUUGCAAGUACUUUGUGGGUGCGGCCGUGAUCAGAGAUUCGAAGCACUAUACUUGGGUAUGUGUGACGGCCGAUCAUCUUAGUGCAGAAUAUGGAAGAUUCUGUGCCUGA